AUGAAGGACCUAAAAGGAAACCCUCUACGAUUGACAUCUCUCAAUCACGUAUCUUUGGUUUGUAGAUCAGUCGAGGAUUCAAUCGAAUUUUACACCAACAUUCUUGGAUUCGUCCCUGUCAGGAGACCUGGUUCUUUCGAUUUCAGUGGAGCUUGGUUAUUCAGCUAUGGCAUCGGGAUACAUUUAUUGCAGUCCGAAAACCCAGAAAAUAUGCCCAAAAAAACAGAGAUCAAUCCAAAGGAUAAUCACAUCUCUUUUCAGUGUGAAAGCAUAGGAACCGUGGAGAAGAAGUUAAAGGAAAUGGAAAUGAAGUACGUGAGGCGGGAGGUGGAAGAAGGAGGAAUAUUCGUGGACCAACUUUUCUUUCAUGACCCUGAUGGAUUCAUGAUCGAAAUCUGUAAUUGCGAUAACCUACCCGUAGUCCCGUUAGCCAUGGUCCGACCAUGUGCCACGGCUAAUAUUCCGACAAAACGUGACCAUAUUUCUCAAGUUUUAUGAUCGGUUCAUCUUAAUUACU